AUGAGCCGUCUCCUCCACACCCUGCUCCUCCUAUUUAUCGUAUUCGAGGGAACUCACGCCAAGUUCCACACCCAUUUCUACAAUUUCCUUCUCGGAAAGUUUGGCAAACCGAUUGCUGACGAUCUUUUGAGACCGGAUCUCGGAACGAAGGGAUCUUUCGGAGGAGGAAACCCCAAUGCCACGUGAGUAUGAGUCACAUUAGUAUGCAGAGUGGGAGGGUGUAAACCGCCACCUCCCGAAGGCAUUUUAUGAAAAAUCUUGAAUGUGAUUUCCGAUGCAGAAGUUUCAAGGGAGUUCCUCCUUGACCUCUCCCUUCUGUAGCCUCCACUGAACACAAAAUGUUUCACGCUGUGUUCCCUUGGUCCUAAUUAGGUCCCUCUGGUCAAAGUGUGGUUUGUGUCGCUCUUCUAUUGUGACGUCACGAAUCCCGCAUCUAGCAAAACACCUCGGUUUGUGAUCGCCGCGCCUUCCGAACGAGUUCUUUGCAUCCAUUCACUGAUUCUUCAGGGGAUUUCCGAUUGUCGUAAUUCAUGGAUUGGCUGGAUACGCCGGGUUGUCCAAGAAGAGCCUCGUGAACAAGUACUACUCGUAUGGACAACCGAAAGGGACCGUCUUCGCUACCACCUACGCCAAGGGAAAAUUGAUGGAUUCGUUGCAGCACGGAAUGCAAUGCGACUACGUUCUGAAGGUGAGUGACGUGAUAGACGAGGGGCUAGAGGGAUCAACUAUAGUCGGCCAUCACAUAUUGUGUGUUCGUAUCAGAAUAUGUAGUGAAUGUAUAGUUUGUGACUAUCGAGACGAGACGGGAUGAAUCGGUCCGACCCUAUAACUUGACAAUAGCAGCAGUGGUCGAGCGCGGUCGUAUAGUAUGAGAUAAAUCGGACGAUCGGUGAUCUUUCAAGACGCGACUGAUAAGAUGACGUCGAAACGGAAAGGGUGUCGAAUGACCCGAAAAGCGACGGGAUUCUCUUGUUGACAAACUACACAGAGGGGCAUGUAGCUACACAAAACGCAUUAGGGUUGACUGGUCUGCUGGUCAUUCAGUUCAACGUGGGAUGAUGUCUGCAGAAGAAGGUGACAUCUGAAACGAAACGUUCGUGGGGAAUUUUAUUGAUCCAGAUGUUUCCAGGUGCGCACCCUGAUCUUGGCGGUCCACGAAUACACUAAGAAGCCAGUGAACAUCAUCGCCUGCUCGAUGGGCUCUCCGAUCACGCGCAAAGCCAUCCUCGGGGGCCAUUGCGUCGACAGCGGAGUCAAUCUCGGCCGCCCGAUCAACCAUCUCAUUCACAACUACGUUUCUGUGGCCGGAGCCAACCAUGGAGCCAUCCUCUGCUCGAAGCAGCCAUUCGUGAACGGAGUGUGCAGUUUGACCCAUGGCCUUGAUUGCCGAUCCAAGUUCUUGCAAGAGUUGAACGCACAGUAAGCGGAUCAGAAAACUGUGCACGAUUCCAAUCGAAAUCUCUCAUUUCAGACCAUUCCAGUACGGAAAGAACAUGUUCGCCAUCUACUCGGUUGCGGAUGAAGUUGUCGGAUUGAGAAACACGUGCGGAGAGAUGGCGUCGCUGCUGGAAGGAGCCACGCCCAUUGUGAAGACCCGAUUGCUCCACGGCGCAGUGAUCGGAGGCACGACGGAAGACCAAUGGAGAGCUCUUCAGACUCCAUAA